UUAUAUAUAUAUUUUAAAUAAUAUGAUGUUCAUAGCUUUGGCAUUUCCUUCCAAAUUUUGUUGAACAAAAUGCACAAGUUUUGUUUCCAUAUGCAGUGCACAGUUAACAGAGAGGCAACAUCGCGAAUUAACGAAACCAUACGAAACGACAUUAUCAGCAAGCAAGCAACGCAUUCUACUGACAAGAACGAUAAAAGCUGGAGUCAAAAACGAUUGCGAUAACCAAGAACGAUAGACCGCAAGCGAACGACAUUUUUAAGAUACCAUUUGGGGGAGAGUGUGUGUGUGAGAGCGAAAUAGAGAGUGUGUGAGAAAGAGAGAGAGAGAGAGAUUGAGUGGGAAAAAACCACUGCGAGAGAGCGCGUGCGAGAGCACUAUCAUGACGAAAUUGCUAUUCAAUGAAUGAGAUAGCAAAUAGACAAUUGUUGAGAGCACACCGAGCAAAUACAUAUGACGCCGACCCCGGUGGAGAUAGCAGCAGCGACGUCAACGCCGCUAAGAGAGCACAAUAAUAAUGAACAUAAUGGGGCGGCGACGACAGCGCAGUCGUCGCUGUCACCACCCGAUAUUGGCAGCACGACAGUGGGCAGCGAAAUGCUGAUAAUGACGCCAGAGCAAAUUGCCGAGGCUUAUGAAAAAACGGUUCAAGAAGAAGAGAAAAAGAGAGCAAAAGCCCAAGAGCGCCAUUCGUUUUUUCAUACACCCAAUAUUUGGAAUGCGCCUACCGCCUUUCAUGAUGGACUCUUGCUGAUAUUCGGAAAAAUUUUGAGAUUCAUUUUACAUUUAGACAUGCAUGGGGGCACGACCGGUAACAACAUCAAUUUCGUCGGGGGUCUCAUUGACUUUUUGGCCGGUUCAUUGGGUGGCGCCGCUCAGGUUUAUGUCUCGCAACCAUUAGAUACUGUCAAGGUAAAACUGCAAACAUUUCCAGAGACCUACAAAGGCAUGCUGGAUUGCUUUUUGAGUACCUACCGAAAAGAUGGAGUUAUGCGGGGUCUGUAUGCCGGCUCUGUGCCGGCGGUAUUUGCAAAUGUGGCAGAAAACUCGGUACUCUUUGCUGCCUAUGGUGGCUGCCAGAAGUUUGUUACCUAUGUCGUUGACAAGGAAUUAACAAGCGAAUUGACAACCACGGAGAACGCAUGUGCCGGAUCAUUAGCAGCAUGCUUCUCCACGCUCACCCUCUGCCCCACCGAACUGAUCAAAUGCAAGCUACAGGCGCUGCGCGAAAUGAAACACUUUGUGGAACCCACUCAGGCGGCGGACAUUCGUACACCAUGGACAUUAACACGUUACAUUUGGCGCACCGAAGGCAUACGCGGCUUUUACCGGGGCUUGGGAUCCACAUUUGUGCGCGAAAUGCCUGGAUAUUUCUUUUUCUUCGGCAGCUAUGAAGGUACACGUGAGCUGCUGCGUAGUAAGGAUCAGACAAAAGAUGAGAUUGGUCCAGUUCGAACCAUGGUUGCUGGGGCCAUUGGCGGUGUAUGUCUAUGGACAUCAACAUUCCCAGCUGAUGUUAUUAAGAGUCGUAUUCAGGUAAAAAACCUAAAUGAGGGCAUGUUCAGUGUCGGUGCAGAUAUUGUCAGACGCGAAGGUGUAUUGGCAUUAUAUCGUGGACUGUUGCCAUCUAUUCUGCGAACCAUUCCAGCUACUGCCACCCUGUUCGUUGUCUACGAAUAUACUAAAAAGGCUCUACAUGGGACAAUAGCUCAAUAACUUGCUGCAAUCGUAACAGGCGUGGGCGUGACCGCGGGCGGUUAUUACAAAUUAGCCCAUGUUUCUGUAUUUCUAUUAUAAAUAUAUCCACUACAAUUUUGUUGUC